GGGUUUGUGGUGAUAACAAGUUCCUGAUUGUUUCUGACUCAUUUCCUCUUUCACUGACAGGAAGUGAGCACUGCUCUCUACACAACUGAUUCUGUCCAUCAAACCAAGCUCCAGGACGACGAGCCGUCUCCUCAGGAGGUGAAGCUGCUCGUCUGCUGAGGAACGUCUGCUGAGGAACAUCUGCUGAGGAACAUCUGCUGAAGAACGUCUGCUGAGGAACGUCUGCUGAGGAACAUCUGCUGAGGAACAUCUGCUGAAGAACAUCUGCUGAAGAACGUCUGCUGAAGAACAUCUGCUGAGGAACAUCUGCUGAGGAACAUCUGCUGAGGAACAUCUGCUGAAGAACAUCUGCUGAAGAACAUCUGCUGAAGAACAUCUGCUGAAGAACAUCUGCUGAAGAACGUCUGCUGAAGAACAUCUGCUGAGGAACAUCUGCUGAGGAACAUCUGCUGAGGAACAUCUGCUGAAGAACAUCUGCUGAAGAACAUCUGCUGAAGAACGUCUGCUGAAGAACAUCUGCUGAGGAACAUCUGCUGAGGAACAUCUGCUGAGGAACAUCUGCUGAAGAACAUCUGCUGAAGAACAUCUGCUGAAGAACGUCUGCUGAAGAACGUCUGCUGAGGAACGUCUGCUGAGGAACUUCGGUCGGUGUUGGUUGGUUGUGACUGGACGAGGGUGGGACAUGUCGUCCUCAGGUCAGAGGACGUCUCUGCGCCCGUUUGUCCUCAGCUUCCUUUACUCGUGCCUGUUCCUGCUUCUUGUCUUCUCAUAUUUCAAACGUGAAAAGCUCCGUGCGUUCGUCUUCUCCGUGGAGACAGACAGUCUCUCCUGUCCUGCAGAGGACGCUCUGAACUGCGAGUCCAACCCAAACUGUUCGUCCCCAGCAGAGGACGGAGACACUGUCCUGCUGAUCUGGACGUGGCCGUUUGGCCAAAGGUUCGAUCUCAGCUGCAGCUCGUUCAACGUCACCAGGUGUCUUCUGACGGACGACAGGUCUCUGCUCCAACGAGCCGACGCCAUCUUGUUCCACCACGUGGACAUUCACCUCGCCGACAUCCCCACAGAGCCACGCCCCUGCUUUCAGAAGUGGGCGUGGCUUAAUAUGGAGUCACCUGCGAACUCGGCUAGGAUUCCUGAACUCGAUGAUUUGUUUAACGUGACUUGCAGCUACCGCCUGGACUCAGACGUCCCAGUGCCUUAUGGGUAUCUGGUGCCUGUGACGUCUGAGGACGAGUCCUUCAAAGUGCCGGAGAAGCAGCUGCUUGUGUGUUGGAUCGUGAGCAACUGGAACAGGAGACACAGACGAGUCCAGUUCUACAACGAGCUGAAGAGACAUGUCCACGUCAGCGUCUUCGGGGACGCCUUUGGCCGACGCAUGAGUGACGGAGAGUUCAAGAGCACGAUGGCCAGCUGUAAGUUCUACCUCUCCUUUGAAAACUCAGAGCACACGGACUACAUCACAGAGAAGCUGUAUGGACCCAUGCUGCUGGGGACUGUCCCAGUCGUCCUCGGACCCCCCAGGAAGAAUUACGAGGACCACGUCCCGGCCGACGCUUUUAUUCACGUGGACGACUUCCCGUCUGCAGAGCUUCUGGCAGAGAGGCUGCGUCAGCUCGACCACGACCACCACGAGUACAGAAGCUUCUUCAACUGGACCAGAAGGUUCAGAGUCCACAGGUCCUGGUUCGGACCAGAACACGUCUGCAAAACCUGCCGCUACCUUCAGACCCACCGGGGACAACAUGUCUGUCCUCGUCUCAACAGGUUCUGGUGUUAAAACGAUCAGAGAGACGCAGACAUCAGACAUGUCUUCUGUGGACAUGAAGACAACAAAGGGACAGAGACACAUGUGAAGACACGCGUCACAUGACCGUUCUCCUACACUGGUCAUGUGGUAGGAGAACGACCAAUA